GCCCAAGCUCACCAAGCCAAAUACAAUUCGCAACAACUUUUGAUGCCCCUUUGUCCUUUCAAACUCCAGAAUGCGCCUUCACUAGAUAGAAAGACGCCUCUAUCAGUAGAGACGCGUUCUUCGUAAUCGAUCCAACGAAGCAGAGACACGGAGUCCUUCAGCCGCUUAAACCCUCGUUCGUUCUGCUUGUCCCCAAGACGGCCAAACCCUCUCUUCGCCUCCUCCGCUCCCCGCCCCCUCUCGCCUCGCGCGGACCGGCCACCGACGACGGCGCCCUGCGGCUUCGGUUGCGGAGCCGCCUGCAGUGUACUACGAAGAGCAGGAGGAGGGAGACGAGCUGGUUCCAAGCUGAGGCGAUUCGUGGGCUCCAUGGCGGCGGCGGCGGGGCCGGGGCCGUGGCCGGCGCACCUCCGGCCGCGGUGCCCGUGCUCGUCGCCGCCGUGGCUCUCUCCGAACCUAUCCCGCCGCCGCUGGCCGGUUCCUCCUGCCUUCCCCGGUCCACGAAGGCGAGACUAUUCUAAUAGUUCAGGCAUGGGAAUUAAAGAAAGAGGUGAUACCAUUCUUGGAUUUUUUGCCAACUUAAACAUGCAAAGUAACGAACAAGAAUGGGUGAAAGAGAGCAGGAGGAUAUUUUACCUCAGAAGAACCAACAAUGUAAGAAAUAACGUGUAUAAUGGAGCCACUGAUCUAAGGGCUGGAAACUCAAAUCGUCAACCAUUGGAAGAUCACAGUAGUCCAGACUGUCCUUACCUGUACGAUAUAAGAGAAACAUUGCCAUCUAAGUCAAUUGUAGAUAGACAUGCCGAUACAGGUUUGGCUAAGAGUAGUAUGACAAAUCAGUCUGCCCAUGCUGUGUCAACUGUGAUGAGUGUUGUUAAUGCUGACAUCAAAACAUUGUGCAUACCUAGUAGCUCUAAGGGGGAUAUUUCUUUGCAUGAUUGUUCAUCCAUGGAGGCUCCUCUGCCUACUAUCUCUAAUACAGAAGCAACUUUGGGAUUUGAUGACAAGGCUAAUGUUCGCGAUGAAAAUGAGGACAGACUCAUUGCUGAAAAGGUGGCACCAUCGAUCCCAGCUAAUAUAUUCUUGACCAACGAGCCUAAAAGUGCACGGAAGGCUCUUGCGGGCAUCUAUGACAAAGUUUUGGUUGUUGACAGUAUUGAGUCAGCUAAGAAUGUUGUACAAUUGCUUACUACAAAGUACAAAAACUUUGUUCAUGCAUGCGGCACAGAGGUAACAAAUAUUGAUGUCAAAGAAGAGACACCAGUUGACCAUGGAGAAGUAAUAUGCUUUAGCAUCUAUUCAGAAAAUUCUGGUUCACAGGCUGAUUUUGGAAAUGGCAAAACAUGCAUUUGGGUGGAUGUGCUAGAUGGUCAAAGGGAUGUCUUGAUGGAAUUUGCUCCCUUCUUUGAGGACCCAUCUAUCAAGAAGGUUUGGCAUAACUAUAGUUUUGAUAGCCAUGUCAUUGAGAACUGUAGAAUCAAGGUUGAUGGGUUUCAUGCUGAUACAAGGCAUCUUGCACGCCUUUGGAAUUCUAACAGGAAAACUGACGGUGGAUAUUCACUUGAAGGACUUUCAAAUGAUCAUAGAGUCAUGACUGAUGUUCCAAAAGAUUUAAGUGAAAUUGGGAAAGCAUCAAAGAAAACAAUCUUUGGUAAGAAAAAGAUUAGAAAGGACGGAGCCGAAGGGAAAAUCGUAAAUGUUGAACCGGUUGAAAAGUUGCAAAGGGAAGACAGAAAUAUGUGGAUUUGCUAUUCAUCACGGGAUUCAAUGAAUACACUGAAGCUUUAUGAAAGCUUGAAAAGCAAGCUUGAAGCAAAAGAAUGGAUUUUUGAUGGUUGUCCUAGAGGAACGAUGUACGAUUUCUAUGAAGAGUAUUUGCGUCCCUUUGGUGCCCUUCUUGUGAAGAUGGAAAGAGAGGGAAUGCUGGUUGACCGUGGUUACCUUUCAGAGAUUGAGAAAAUUGCUGUUGCUGAACGGAAUUUGGCUGCUGAUAAGUUUAGGAAAUGGGCAUCCAAAUAUUGCCCAGAUGCCAAGUACAUGAAUAUAAAUAGUGAUGCACAAAUCCUACAGCUUUUCUUUGCUGGCAGAGAGAACAGAGAUACACCUGGUGAGACCUUGCCACAAAGUAAAACAUUUAGAGUGCCAAAUGAUCAAAGUGUAGCUCCAGAGGGCAAGAGGACUUCAAAGUUCCGCACAAUUAAACUUUGUGGUAUUGUUGAAAAUCCGGAAGUUACAUUCUCAUCUUCAGUCAGCUUGGAUACAUUGAAAACUUGGCCUGGUAAGAUACCCACGGAUCAAAUUUACAGAACAGAUGAUGACCAAGAGCAUGAUGAAUAUAGCAAUGGUUCAGAACUUCCCGAUCAGGAUGUAGAAGAGGUAUCACUGUAUGGAACUGCAUAUGAAGUGUUUGGUGGAGGAAAGAAGGGCAAGGAAGCAUGCCAUGCCAUUGCAGCUCUAUUUGAAACACGCUCUAUUGCUAAGUUGAUAUCCAGCUUCAUUGUUCCCUUGCAGGAAGAUCAUAUAUCUUGCAAGGAAGGGCGCAUUCACUGUUCGCUGAAUAUCAAUACUGAAACAGGGCGCUUGUCAGCACGAACACCGAAUUUGCAGAAUCAACCUGCUCUUGAAAAGGAUCGAUAUAAGAUCCGACAAGCUUUUGUUGCAGCUCCAGGAAACUCUCUUGUUGUUGCUGAUUAUGGCCAGCUGGAGCUGAGGAUCUUAGCCCAUCUUACUAACUGUAAAAGUAUGCUGGAUGCUUUCAAGGCUGGUGGCGACUUCCAUUCUAGAACAGCCAUGAAUAUGUACGAGCAUAUUCGUGAUGCUGUUCAUGAAAAGAAAGUGCUUCUUGAAUGGCAUCCUCAGCCAGGUCAAGAGAAGCCUCCGGUGCCAUUGUUGAAGGAUGCUUUUGGUGCGGAGAGAAGGAAAGCUAAAAUGCUUAAUUUCUCCAUUGCAUAUGGAAAGACAGCCAAGGGGCUAUCUGACGAUUGGAAGGUGACUGUGGACGAGGCAAGGGAUACACUCAAACUCUGGUACAGAGAUCGAAAAGAAGUUUCAGCUUGGCAAAAGAGGCAGAAAGAGCUUGUACGUGAAAAAUGCGAAGUCUACACGUUGCUCGGACGAUCACGACAUUUUCCUAACAUGACCCAUGCAGGUUCUAGUAAAAAAGGUGUUGAGCGUGCUGCUAUAAAUGCACCGGUGCAGGGUAGUGCAGCAGAUGUUGCCAUGUGUGCGAUGCUUGAGAUAGAAAGAAAUGUGCGCCUUAAGGAGCUUGGUUGGAGACUACUAUUACAGGUGCACGACGAAGUGAUAUUGGAAGGGCCUACAGAAUCUGCCGAAACGGCCCGUGCCAUCGUGGUAGAGUGUAUGUCCAAGCCUUUCUAUGGAACCAACAUCCUGAAGGUUGAACUGGCUGUCGACGCCAAGUGUGUAAAGAGUUGGUAUGCCGCCAAAUAGUAACUGUGUGGUCAUUCUUCUCUCCUAUACUUGGGCAGAUGCACAUGUUUGUGUACAACUAAAUAAGAUGCCAUCUACACAAUCAAGACCCUGUUGGUCGGAUCAAAUACCCCAGAUCCGAGCGUGCUGAGUUGUACAGACUGCAUCUUCAGGGUCAUCCAGCCAGAAGCUGUAAAAGCAGCGUGAUGACGAGGGGAGGACCAAGGCUCCAGGGAGGAGCUGUGUGUUGUAAACUAGUAGUCUAGCACAUGCAGUAGAAUGGAUUGGUCUUUAGACUCCUUGAGAGUCCCAGUAGGAUCUGUUCAGUCCUCAGAUGAUUAAUCUUCAGGGAAGCAUGCUGUUUUGUUCAUAAGAUAUUCAGACCUGCUGAGCUGAGGUUAAUUACUUUAGUGACCUGUUCUGUUCCAGUAAGGCUCUAACAUCAUUGCCGUUGUUUAAACCGUGCAUAUGUUGGUGGAGGGAUAACACAAUUUGUCAGAAGCAAUUGUUAACCCCCCUUUGCUUACUUAUCGCAAGGUUUGUGGUUCACUCUA